ACUGAGAGUAGGGUCAUUGCUGUAACUAAACUGACUAGGUUAUUUAGAAGCCUUCAGUACUGGUUUGCAGGAGAAGUUUGGAAAUGUUUGGUGAUGCAGACUGGAGAAGCCUCAGUUGUAAGCAUAGCUAAAUGGAUAAUUUGAGUGGGAGCUCCGAAGGCCAGAAUGCCAAUAGGAAUUCAGAGGAGAAGGAGGAGUCAAUUGGAAUUGGACUAGAAACCAUUCAUGUAGUAGUCUGGCAAAUAACUUGGCUACACUUAACCCAUGUUCUAAGACUAUGUGAGGCCAGAUUUAAAGGUGAUGUACUAAUUAAUCUGGCAGAGAAAAUUUCAAGGCAGCAUAGCAAGUGGUGGCAUGAAUAUUGCUAUUAGAUUUUAGACAGGUUUGCUGAGAGAAUUGGAGCAGAAAGCAAAAAAGGAAGAUUUUGAAAGCUUGCAGUUUGAACAGAAAAGUGCAUGUAACACUGGAGCUGAAGAAAGUGUGGUUAGUGAGAGAUUACCACCACUAAAAAGAAGUUAAAGCUCCCAGGUCAAAAUGGUGACCAGGUCUGCUAUUGCAGCAUCAGGCCGGUGGUUAGAUGGUAUUCGAAAAUGGUAUGCUGCAGGAUUCAAUAAGCUAGGAUUAAUGCGAGAUGAUACAAUAUAUGAGGAUGAAGAUGUACAAGAAGCCACAAGAAGGCUUCCUGAGAACCUUCAUAAUGACAGGAUGUUUCUCAUUAGGAGAGCCCGGGACCUGACCAUGAGGCAACAGAUCUUGCCUAAAGAGCAGUGGACAAAAUAUGAGGAGGAUAAAUUCUAUCUUGAAUUGUAUCUCAAAGAGGCUGUUCAGGAAAGAAAAGAAAGAGAAGAAUGGGAAAAGAAGUAGUCAUGUAAUUGAAAUCUGUGGAUAUAGCUGUCGUCAUAAUAUUUUUAGGAAGUCUGUUAAACCUGAAACACACAACUUAAAAAUUAUUUCAUCUGAAUAUAUAUUACUUUAAAUAAAUGUCUAUCCUAAAAAAAAAAGUUUAAUGCUUUGCACAGAGGAAACAGGAAAAAUGACUUGAGGGUAUUCAGAAAUUUGCCAGACCACACCCAUCACAGGGUCAAGGGUAUAAUAGUAAAAUCUUAUUUUAGAGACCAUGGGGGCACCCUGCCUGCAUGAGGAUCCUAGGAAAUUGACUCACCAUGACCAGAUGCCCAAGAACUCUAAGGCCCCUGCAGCCAUGGUCUGAGGGGGACUUAGCCAGCUUGAGGUGGCAGCAGACUUUGGCUUCAUUCACAUGGUACUGCAGAAAGCAGGAUCUUGGAGUUAGAGGGUCAUGGAGACUUCUCAAGGUUUCAAAGGAAGACCUGGGAAAUCAGGCAAAAUGUAGCAGGGUUGGAAUCCCUAUAGGAUGCCCCUGAGAGGGUGAUGUAUAAAGCUGUGAAGGUGAAGCCAAAGCUGGAAUGAAGAACCCAGGAAUUUAGAAAUGCCAGUAACAUGGAACAUCUGCUGAGGAGAGCUGCUGGCUGCAGACAGAGGGCAGGCUUAAAGAGGCCACAUGGGCUGCAACUAGCAGGGUCAAAGGCAGCAGAGCUGCCUAAGUCCUUUGGAGAUCACAUCCUGCCACCAUGUGCCCUGGAUGCUGGACUUGGAGCUACAGGAUCAAAUGUUUGCCCAACUGGGUUUUUGUCUUGUUUUGGUCCUGUCCCUUCUUUCUAUGCCCC